CGGGAUGUACGCUUUGUCAAGAGGACCCAGUAAAAUUGUUGCUAGCACCCGCAGAGGUCCAGCUACGCAACUAGACAACCUUGAAAUUAAGGACACAGAGAAAGAACAUUCGAACGGCGUUAUAAUGAGUUCACCCAGGCCAUACUUCAACCACCAUGCUGUAAGGCGAGGGGGUGGCUUCCAGCGACCACACAAUACAAAUGGUUCCCAGGAAACCACUUCACAAGUUCAACACGAAGAGCUUGUCCGAUUUGUAAUGCAAUCCUGGUCCAAAGUCAGAAGUGAGAUGGAAACAUCAGCAAGAAAUUCCAACCAGAGAGACGGAGGACCAGUUGUUUACAAGGACAAGAUGCAUAAUCCGAGUUUACAAAGUUUUGAGCCCUUCGACCUAGCAACCUACUGGGGAACAAGAACCAUGCAAAAAAUUACAGGCUCAAGCUGAGAAAGCAGAUAUUUGAUUAUUGCCAGACGUCUUUCAAGCUGUUCCACAGUGAUACUUUUACAGGUUCAGCUAUACAUGUGCCUUGAUGGACUAACCUUUCACAGCAAAGAAAUACACCUACCUGGUAUUAUCGAGUCAAAUGGGAGGUCUUAUUGUGGUACAAAAGGGAUGAAAUAAGAUUGUAUGAUGAAGAGAGACUGUUCUGUAUACUGCUUUCAGUUUUAUAUGGGCAGGACAAUCAACAACUUGCUUAGUGAUAAUGAAAGUGUUUUAUUGAGUAAGUUAGACGGUCUUCAGGAAGCAGAAAGAAGUUUACAGAACAGAUAUUGUUUAUCAGUUUUGUGUCAUGAAAACUAAUUCUUUUUAAUGUUUUAUCCAUGAUUUGAUAAUAAAAAAUGAAGUUUUAUGUAAAAGUGAUUAAAUGAUUGAAUAUGGUUCAUUUUAGCAUUUAAGAUUUGUUGUACAUUGUUUUAUCUGUGUUAAUGAAUGUUGAUGUAUAUGUAUGAAGUAUAGAUGAAGAAAAACUUCACUGUACAAGUAAAGUAAAUGAUAUAUAA